AUGGACGACAAGAAUCCUCAAAAACCCGCUAAAAGUACAUCUUCGCCAAAUGGAUCAAACGGUGAUGGCAUCCAGGAGCUUUUUGCGUUCAUGGGCAAGUAUUCUUCGAGCGAAAAGUUCAAACAACUACAGAGACUCGACCAAGACAAUGAGGAACUAAGACAAGAAGUCAUCGAUCUUCGCACCACGAAUGACAAGAACUUGGACGAUUUUAUACGGCGACGGGAUAUAUGGAAGACUGAGAGGGAGGGCCUGACGACACAGCUAAAGGAAAAAGAGGACCAACGAAAUCAAGAGUUGCUAAGCAGAAAAGCAGCAGAAAAAUCACUGGGCGCCGAGCGCACUGCUAAAAAGACAUUGUGUGAGCAGAUGAAAGAACAAGAGGCGACUAUUCUACGACUAGUCGAAAAAACAAAGACAAAUGAAACAGAAGUCACUCGACUCGGCACUAUAAGUAAAGAGCAAAACGACGCCCUUGAUCGCGCAGGAAAGGCCAAGAUUAAGCUCCAAGGAGAAGUGCAGAAAAUGCAUAAGGAGUUAUUGGCCAGGACCAAAGAGCUUUCUGACGCAAAGGAGUCUCUUACAAUAUUCCGAACCUUCCUGGUCCAGCUAAGCCCUCUGGGAGAGAAGAAAGCCCAAAUCCGCGAGGCCCUUGCAGACACGUUUAACGGCGCCUGGGACUUCUUCCAGAAGACAUUGGGCCAAAAUAUCGAACCAAGUGUCCUUGUGCGGAGUAACUCGCAAGCGUUUGCUUUAAACCCCCCUAGCCUGCCACUCCCAGCAUCCAAUACAAAUAACGCCAAGGGGAUGAGAGUUGCAGCAGGCCUUAUAGCAUAUGCCAAGGCACUCACUACCCACGUUUUCAGGCAGACGCACAUCACUCAAAGCCGCGAGCUUGAUGGGGUGCUACAUCUUACUGCGGCGCAGAACCCAGAGCAAGCUGCUUGUAUCCGUGCUGUUCUUCUCAAAGCGCUGCCAGAGAGACAAAAACAAAAUCAGGAUGAAAGCAUCAACAAAGCUGUUAAAGAGGUAUCAGACGCAGUUUGCCACUGGCUUCAAAAUAAACAGCCAUUUGAAUCAGGGCUUAAGCAUAUUUGUGAACGAGCCUCCGCUACCUGGGCACUGAUGCAGCUUGUGGAGGAAAGAAUCCAGCCAGACUUUCAUUUUGAGGUGCCUGACGAAUGGCAAGUCCUCCCUUUGCUGACUUCCAAGUCUACAUCUACCUCCACUGCUAAGCCUGGCCCGGCUAAGCAAACGCCGCAGCACCAGAAAAACAUGGAAAACCGUCAGGCAAACACGCUCAGAGAUAGCCCCAAGCUAAGCGUACUAAGUAAUAAUGACGUGGCCAGAGUUGUAUGGCCGACUUUUCUUGCUGCUUAUCCUCAGGGACAAGACGAGACAGGCUCGGCACCGUUGGAGUUGGUUUAUCACGGAUAUGUCUUAACCCAGGCGCAAAUAAAAAGUGCGGAAGAGGAAAGUUCCGAGGCUUCGCAAAGGGCUCCGCCAUCAACAUCUGUGAGAAAGAGACGAAACUCAGCUGUUUACGUAUCAAAUGGGAGCAUCAGCGGAUCAUUAACUGGAAAAUAA